UGAGUAUUUAUCAGAUGUUUAGAUCAGAUUUCUAGACAUGAUCAGUGCGUUGUUGGCCAUUUGUUUUAUUCCCGUCUUGAUUACGAACGCUCAAAUCAAUUGGGAUCAUUCCGUGAGUAACGAUGCUGCUCUGGAAACUUCAUCAUUUGAUUCUAGAACCAGCGACGAAGGUUACAACCAGCAAGGAAGAUUUUUUCCGUUGUUCAGUGUCGUGCGUUUCGCCAACUUCCAGUGCUUGUCGAGCACCGAUCAGCUCAACGGCACGUGUUUCACACGAAGGGAGUGCAUCAGUUACGGAGGAAAUCCCUCGGGAUCGUGCGCUAACGGAUUAGGCACUUGCUGCGUGUUUCAAAAAUCUUGCGGCUCCACCACCAACAUAAACAACACGUACUUCGUAAGCCCAAAUUAUCCCAUCACUUAUCGAGGAGGAGAACAAUGUGCGAUUACGGUUCAACGCUGUAAUUCUAAGGUGUGCCAGCUGCGGUUGGACUUUUUGGAAGCUACUUGGGCCCAACCCAAUGCAACCGGAUUCUGCGACUUCGACGUGUUUUGGGUGUCGGGAGGUUCAUCCACGGUGCCGAGGAUAUGCGGAGAAAAUACGAAUCAGCAUGUAUACGUUGACUUCAAUGGAGCGGCACCGAUCACGAUAUCCGUCGACACUAACGCGGAUUAUGCGUUUGAUCGACGUUGGAACAUAAGAAUUCAGCAAAUAGAAUGCGAUUCCGUGUGCAGAGCACCUAACGGAUGUUUGCAAUAUUACAAGACCGUCUCCGGCACCGUGAUGAGUUUCAACUUUGGCACGGCGGAAAAUGUGCGAGCUCCUCAAAUCGGAACGCGACAAAUGGUGAAUAAUCGUUACGGUGUGUGCGUUCGAAUGGCUCUGGGAUACUGCAGCAUCGAAUGGUCUCAGACGGAUACUCUCUCUUUCUCUGUUUCCGGGGACACGGGAUCUUUUGAUCCGAAUUUAAUAGGCACGUCUCUGGUCGCGGAAGUUGACGGCAGCUGCACAACUGAUUUCGUGAUCGUACCCGAUCCUCGUGAAAACGGCGUUCUCGUUAAUUCGGACAGGUUUUGCGGCAACGGAUUCGUAACUAAAACAUCGGACUUGAAGCCGUUCGUACUUUACGUCGUUACGAACAACGACGAGCUGACAGAGGCCCAAAACAAAGGCUUUCGACUGAUGUUCCGUCAGCUGCCUUGCACGAUUUAACAAUGUUGUUGGUCACAAGCGCGA